AUGUCUGGGAGUGUGCACGCUCGCUUAAAGGUUUCAGGUUUCUUUGUGCCACCCAACGCGGUUUCCAUCCUCAGUGGCCUCAAUGAAGGGCUUUUCGCUUGGCUGACUAUCAACUUUCUCACCCAUCGUCUCUUGAAAGUUCCUGCGGCAACCUCAUCUAGCUAUGCUUCACCUAUUAAUUCCGUAUAUCCUAUCUUGAGGACCUCACCUGUGCACCAAUACCAACCUCACUCUUACCCUUCUUAUUUGAACGAUGAAUCUGGUAAUCCUGCAGAGGAACACUCGCGCGCUGCCCCGGCAGCUAAGUCCAAAACAUUCUUGACUUUCGACCUUGGUGGUCGAUCAUUACAGGUCACCUUUAUGCCUGUCCGUAAAGAGACACUGGAAAAUGCACCAAACGGGUUCAUGACAACAACGACUGCCCCGGAGGAUAAACUGACCCUCGGAAAAGGAGAUAACUUCAAUCAUAGCGUGAGCAUAAACCACUUCCGCAAUUACUGUCAAAGUUUUACCCCAGACAGCUUUUUACCAUUUCGUUUAUAG